AUGAAGACCGCCGCUCGAGCAUUCUACCUGGGUUUAUUUACUCUCUUGAGUACUUGUACUCCUCAUGUAGAAGCUUCUGAUUCUUCAUCCAAAUCAAAGACUAUUCAAAGUCCAGAUGUUGCGCGGUAUGCUUUACUUUUCUUUUACCAGGCAUAUGUGUCUAAUGCCAUCACUCAGAUCUCCCCAAAAGCUAUCGUUUCGGAUGCAUGUACGACAUAUGCCUCCCUCGAUGACCUGAACCGAGAAAUAUUACCUUCCUUAGACGACCUCACACGAACCACCGAUUUCUUUGCCUAUUACCGUCUGAACUUAUUCGGUAAGGAAUGUCCAUUUUGGAACGACGAGAAUGGCAUGUGUGGCAACAUUGCCUGCGCCGUGAAUACAUUGGACAAUGAAGAAGAUAUACCCCUGGUAUGGAGGGCAGAGGAAUUGGGGAAACUAGAAGGACCAAAAGCCGGUCAUCCGGGCAAGAAAUUACAACAAGAGCGUCCAAAGAAACCACUACAAGGAAAGCUCGGCGAGGAUGUGGGAGAGAGUUGUGUGGUAGAAUACGAUGAUGAAUGUGACGAGAGAGAUUACUGUGUACCGGACGAUGAAGGCGCAGGAUCAAAGGGAGAUUAUGUGAGUUUGGUAGAUAACCCGGAGAGAUUCACCGGAUAUGCUGGUGAGGGUACAAAACAAGUCUGGGAUGCCAUUUAUCGAGAGAAUUGCUUUUCAAAAGCAUCCUUCCCACAUUCGGAAUCCCUUGGUCACUCUCCAUUAUCUCUGAAAGAGCCCGCGGCAAAUGAACUCAAGUCUGUUCUCAAACAACAUGGUCGUCAACACAUCCUGGAAGAACAACGAGAGCAUUCCCCAAAUCUCCCAUUCGUAGCAGAGACUGGUCUUGAAUUGGAGGAUGAGUGUUUGGAGAAACGUGUCUUCUAUAGAGUCAUUUCUGGCAUGCACACCUCCAUUAGCACGCAUCUCUGCUACGAGUAUUUGAAUCAAACUACAGGUGAAUGGGGCAUGAAUGUUGAGUGUUACAAAGACCGCCUACAUGGCUUUCCAGAACGUGUAUCGAAUCUUUACUUCAAUUACGCUCUUGUUCUACGAGCAGUCACAAAACUUGGCCCUUCGCUUCAGGACUACACUUUCUGUUCUGGAGAUCCAGCUCAAGAUCAACUUACCCAAUCCAAGGUGCAAACUCUAAUGUCAAAAGCAUCCAAGGAGACUCGAAUUUUCGACGAAAGUUUGAUGUUUGUUAAUGGAGAAGGUCCAAGUUUGAAAGAGGAUUUCCGCAAUCGAUUCAGAAAUAUCAGUCGAAUCAUGGAUUGUGUAGGUUGUGAUAAAUGUCGACUCUGGGGUAAAGUCCAAACCGCAGGUUACGGAGCAGCGCUAAAAGUUUUGUUUGAAACCGAUAAUAAUUCUUUGGACGUCCCGAUAUUGAAACGAACUGAACUUGUCGCUCUGUUCAAUACUUUGGGUCGUAUUUCCCAUUCUCUCCGCGCUAUCAAUGAGUUCAGAACUCUGGUGGAAGCAGAGGAGAAUGAGUCUGAAGAGGCCGUUAAGCUAACAGAUCGUGUGACGAAACCACAUCAUGUUAUUCCUGACGAAGUCCAUGAAGAUCCAAUAGCAAAAGAUUUUGCGGAAUAUGAUGAGGAGGUGAAGUUGCAGGAAAAGGAGCCUACCGUCUCGGAACUAUCUCCUGUCACUUUAUGGGAGAUUUUCGUCCUCGAGAUCUCAAGAUUUUGGGAAUAUUAUAUUGGACUUCCAGUCAGUCCUAGAAAAUGGACGAUUGUGAGACCAAAUUUCGAUGAACUUUAA